AUGCUUAUACUACAAUCAAUCUCAAUACUAAAAUAUCAGUUCCUACAAGUAGUUCCUUCGUCUCUCACUUUUGCUGCCACUUUAUGGAAAACCAAUGCAAAUGGAGCUGCAACAUUUGUGUUUAUGCCAGAGUUUGUAGUCCCCCCUUGGCCUCAGAAUCUCAUUUUCCAGCGUGUGAGGCUAACAAGACAUUACAGGCAGAUUCAUUGCCUUGCCCCUCCUCAAUGUUGGUUUAAGCUUACAAUUCAUGGUAGUUGCAGAGGCGAGCCUGGCCACAUUGGAGCAGGUGGAGUUUUGCGCAAUGAAAAAUUUCAAAGGCUCCUCUCUGAACCUUGGCAUUGGAUCUGUUCUUGGGGCAGACAGAGCUAUGAAGCUACGCUGAUGCCUAUGUUUGACUCGGAAUGA